UUCAGAAUGCCUGGCCAACUUAUCACCCCUAUUCAUCCUAGACAUGAACAACAUAGUUAUACCGGAAAACACACCUGUAGGCACACUUAUAUAUACUUUACAAGGCAGUGAUCCAGAAAACAGUCCCGUUCAUUAUGAUCUUCAGGGGACCGAUGCCUUAAAAGUUGAUCACACCACUGGAGAUGUCACAGUCGUUAAGCCCUUAGAUUACGAAACUAAUGCGACACUGAACGUUAAUGUGAGCAUAGAAGACGAAGUCCAAGGAGGCGGCAAGAACAACGUCGUUGUAGUACCGGUAACCGUAAUCAUUGCCGAUCAAAACGACAACGCCCCAGAAUUUCAAAACACGCCGUACGAAAUAGUGAUAAACGAGGACACGCCGCCGGGCACGACAGUAUUCUCCAGCAUCAACAUCACCGACAGGGACACCACGGGCUCGAACAUCGAGGUGGAAUGCACAAAUUUACCGGAAUACCAGGACGCGUGCGAAAUUUUUAAUAUCGAAACGCUUAGUUCUGAACAGAGUUCGUAUCAGGGCGCGAUUAUCCUGAAAAGAAAAUUAAACUACGCCAUCCAGCAGGAAUAUGGAUUUCUUCUUAAAGCAACGGAUGGUGAACUGAGCAACUCUACAACCGUAUCAAUUAAGGUAGGGGAUGUACAGGACACACCUCCUUAUUUCGAAGGGAAUCUUACCACCGAAGUAGACGAAAAUGCUCCCAUCAACACCUUAGUUAUGACUGUACAUGCUGAGGAUGGCGAUAGAGGCAUACCCAGAAAAAUUGUCUACGAAUUAAUUAAUAAUCCAAUGGACUACUUUCUUCUUGAUGCCGUGACUGGGGAAUUGAGAACCGCAAGACCCCUGGAUAAGGAGUCUAUUGGAAAUCCCGAGGGCAUCCUAAAACUAAAUAUACGGGCCCACGAAUUAAUAGACGGGGUGAAAGGAAACGAUCCAUUGACCGUUACCAACGCAGAGGCGACGGUGAAAAUUAGAGACGUGAACGACGAACCGCCUUCCUUCAACAAGAGGGAGUAUUUCGUCCAGAUACCCGAAAACAUACAGGCAGGUGCACCUCUGCCAGGACUGGAGAUGUCCGUCAAGGAUCCCGACGAGGGCAACAAUUCUGCAUUUUCUCUGGAACUAAACGACAUCUCCGGGGCAUUUUCCAUCGAGCCGAAAACGGCAACAGGUUCGACGGCGGUGAUCAUUCGUAUGGCGAACAGUUCUCUGGAUUACGAAGACCCUAACCAGAGGAAAUUCAUCAUCCUAGCGGUGGCUAGAGAGUUGUACACGCAAGAAAAGCUAUCCUCGACAGCCACUGUCACUGUAACGGUGCUCGACAUCAACGACAACGCCCCCACGUUCGACCAAGAAGGAUAUUCCGCUGUGAUAUCAGAGAUGGCAAAUCCGGGAAGUCUGGUGGCCACUAUCGUCGCCAAAGACAGGGACAGCGGGAAGUUCGGGGAGAACGGGAUAGUUUACAAACUGGGGGGCAACGGAGCUGAGAAAUUUACGGUGAAUAAUAGGACCGGUACGGUGACGGUGGCGUUUUGUGAGCAACCCGGAAAGCCAGAUUGUCUGGAUUACGAGACCAAAUCUGAGUACCAGCUUCAGUUCAUAGCGACCGACGACGACGGCAAAGGUCAGACCACGACGGUGCCAUUAAAGGUGGCCCUAAUCGACAGUAAUGAUAACCCUCCGGUUUUCAGCCAACCCAUAUAUAGGGCGUUUAUUAACGAGGGAACAGUGAGAUUCGAUCCGGAUCUAAUCGUGGAGGCUACCGACGCCGACAAGACGUCGCACGUUACGUAUUCCAUAAUAUCUGGGAACGACAACAAUUUGUUCAGCAUCGACUCGGGUACUGGAAAAAUUAGGAUUACGAAUAACAAGGGAUUGGAGGUCAGGAACGAUACGGAUAAUGUUAUUAGUCUGACAGUGAUGGCAAGCGACACAAAAUAUACAGCCACCGCCUUAGUCAAUAUCACAGUUUUGGAUGUAAACAACAACGCGCCCAUAUUUUCCAGAGAAAACUACGUCAAAUCUAUACCAGAAGACGUACCAGUUGGUUCUGUGGUAGGUGAAGUAGAAGCCACUGACGCUGACAACGGAGUCAACGCAGAGAUUGAAUAUUUCAUUCAAAAAGGAGCUUAUGAAGAUUUUAGGAUAGAUAAUACUUCAGGAUCGGUUCUAGUUUCCUCCAAACUAGAUUUUGACAGGAGGAACACGUAUAACAUCGAAAUCAUCGCAGUCGACCAUGGAUCACCAAGUUUAACGGGAACCACCACGCUGACUGUAAAUGUGAUCAACACCAAUGACAAAUUACCAUAUUUUAUACCUACUACACAAACAGCAGAG